CAAUAUGAUCAUUACGAACCAAGCAAAGAAGAGAUCAAUGUGCCAUUGGCCAGCAGUUUGAAGACGAAGCAGGACACCCCAAAAGAUUUCUGGUGGUGGCUCAAAAUCGCGCUCUACACGGUAGGCGUGCUGUUGGGACAAUCCGCCGCGCUUCUACUGGGAAGGCUCUACUUCCUCAAAGGAGGGAACAGCAAAUGGAUGUCAUCAGUGGUCCAAGUCCUCGGCUUCCCGGUCCUCAUCCCCUUCUACAUCUUCAUCACAAUGAAAGAAGGGCAGAAAGGCGUGGCAAUCGACGACGAGGACGACGACGAUAGAAAGCCUCCAUCUCCCUACACUCUGGGCGCGAUCUACGCAUCCCUCGGCUUAAUCAUAGGGCUCAACUGCUUCCUCUACUCCGUCGGGCUGCAAAACCUCCCUGUCUCAACUUACACAUUGUUGUGCGCUUCUCAAUUGGCAUUCAAUUCCUUCUUCUCCUACUUCAUCAACGGCCAGAAAUUCACCCCGUUCGUCGUCAACUCCCUCGUCCUCCUCACCAUCUCCUCUGUUUUGCUCGUGUUCAACAAAGACGACACGAGCUCCUCGUCCACGGCGCCCGCGAUCUCGAGGGUCAAGUACAUCAUCGGCUUCCUCUGCACAUUGACGUCAUCGGCGCUCUACGGCGUCGUGUUGUCGGUCACGCAGUUCGUGUUCACUAGAGUUGUGAAGCGGCAGACGUUCAAGCAGGUGAUGGAGAUGAUCAUCACGGAGAAUGUGGUUGCCAGCGUGGUCACGGUCGUGGGGCUUUUCGCCAGCGGGGAGUGGAGGUCCAUCGACAGGGAGAUGGAUGCGUAUCGAUUGGGGACGGUGCCGUAUCUGAUGGUGUUGAUCUGGAUCGCCGUGUUCUGGCAGAUGUUUUCCAUCGGAGCUGUGGGCUUGAUAUUUGAGGUGUCUUCUCUGUUCUCCAAUUCGAUAAGCGCGGUGGGACUGCCCAUUGUGCCCAUCAUGGCGGUCUUCUUUUUCAACGAUAAGAUGAACGGGAUCAAGGGGGUUUCCAUGGCGUUGGCCGUCUGGGGAUUUGUUUCGUAUGUGUACCAGUAUUACGUGGAUGGUCAGAAAUCCGACAAGAAGACACUGGAUGAGGCCUCUUCUUAA